AAUAAUAUGGCUGAUUUCCACGAGGCGACGUUCAGAUGGCCGCACUCUGAUGCAUCAGACGUGAUCUGCACUGGCACGUUCGACCAGUGGUCAUGUUCUACCCAUCUCAACAAAACACCCUCUGGGUUCGAGGCGAAGGUCCAUGUACCUUGGUCACAGAAGAUCAUGUACAAAUUCGUCGUCGACGGACGAUGGACGACCGCGGAUGGACAGCCAAGCGAGUAUGACUCUGCUGGGAACCUGAACAAUGUCUAUCAGUCACCGCCCAAGCCAGAACCGCCCGUAAUGCCUUCUCCAGGAACAGUCGAGCCAGAGCUG